ACCUACGGAGUUGAACAACUCACCCAAAACAAAAUGGUAGUACGUGAUCGUGUAAUUAAUUAAAUGCUUCGCUUAUGUUACUAUGGCGGCGUUCGGAGUUUCAGAGGAAGUGGUUGAAAUCAUGCCAAUUCAGAGUAGCUUUUGCAGUUUUUAGGCCUGCUCGCUGGCGAGAAUAAAAUCGAAUUAUUCGAAACUAAAUUAAUUUGUGUUUAGAUUAAUCAUAAAUGAUGCCCAAGUAUAGAGACAUGUUUAUGUAGGUUAGAAUAGUUUUUUUUUAAUUAAUAAAACCGCGAAUGAAGCUGGAAUUUAGACACAUGGGGGAAGCUGAUGUGUAUUAAUAUAGUAGGACCUCGGCCAGACAGGUUUUGACUUCAGCAUUCAGGAGAUUCAUCGUAUGAAAGACGUUAGUGAAUAGAGAGGAAAGAUUAUUUUUGUGGAGUAAUACUACCUGCACAUAAGCUGAUCAUCUUUGUCAACAACAGCAAAAGCUUCAAACAUGAUGCUUGGAAGGAAGCAGAGUCUGAAGGGUGAGCCUGUGCUUGCGGACUAUGGGCCAGAGGAAGCUUUGAAUGAGAGUGCAGAUAUUGAGUGGGUGAACAUGCUGUGGGUGCGCCGCCUCAUGAGAUUCUGUGCUUUGGUGAGCCUGUUGUCUGUCAGUCUGAACACACCCAAGACAUUUGAGAAGCACCCACCUUUGCAGUAUGUGACAUUCUGCUGUGAUCUUGUUGUCACUUUCCUCUUCACUGCGGAAAUGAUUGCGAAGAUGCAUAUUCGAGGGAUACUGAAGGGAGAAGUACCAUAUCUGAAGGACCACUGGUGCCAGUUUGAUGCCAGCAUGGUGUUCUUCUUGUGGGUGUCUGUGAUUCUGCAGGUGUUUGAAAUGCUGGGUAUUGUGCCCAGGUUCAGUUACCUCUCCAUCUUGAGGGCUCCCAGACCUCUAAUCAUGAUCAGAUUCAUCAGGGUGUUCCUGAAGUUCUCAAUGCCAAAAUCAAGAAUCAACCAGAUAUUCAAGCGUUCAAGUCAGCAGAUAUACAAUGUCACGUUGUUCUUCCUGUUCUUCAUGUCCCUAUAUGGGCUGCUGGGAGUGCAAUUCUUUGGUGAGCUGAAGAACCACUGUGUUCUGAACAGCACAGACCCAAACUACAUAACUAUAAACAGUCUAGCGAUCCCGGACACAUUCUGCUCUGUUGAUCCGGGUUCUGGCUACCAGUGUCCUGAGGGAAUGAAGUGCGUGAAAUUGGAGCUCUCACGGUACAUCAUGGGAUUCAACGGGUUCGACGAAUUUGCCACGAGUAUUUUCACAGUGUAUCAGGCUGCCUCACAGGAAGGCUGGGUGUUCAUCAUGUAUCGUGCCAUUGACAGCCUUCCCGGCUGGAGGGCGGCUUUCUACUUCAGCACCAUGAUAUUCUUCCUGGCUUGGCUUGUGAAGAAUGUCUUCAUUGCCGUCAUCACCGAGACUUUCAAUGAGAUCCGUGUUCAGUUCCAGCAGAUGUGGGGCGUGAGGGGACACAUCACAAACAGUUCAGCAUCACAGAUAUUAACAGGGAAUGAUAUGGGCUGGAAGUUGGUAACCCUGGAUGAAAACAAGCAUGGAGGAAAUGCUCCAAAAUUCUGUCACGUGAUAUUACGUUCAGCGUCGUUUCGCCUCCUUGUAAUGGGCGUCAUCCUGGCAAAUGGUGUUGUUACUGCUACUAUGAAUUUCAAACAUGAUGGAAGACCAAGGCGUGUUUUCUAUGAAAAAUACUAUUACGUUGAGGUUGCAUUUACAGUCUUCUUGGACUUGGAAACUCUUUUCAAGAUAUGGUGUUUGGGUUUCCGUGGCUACUACAAACAUUCCAUCCACAAGUUUGAGUUGCUGCUGGCUGCAGGGACUACGCUUCAUAUAAUUCCAACACUCUAUCUGUCUGGGCUGACCUACUUCCAGGUUCUGCGGGUAGUGCGGCUUAUUAAAGCAUCUCCAAUGCUGGAAGAUUUUGUGUACAAGAUAUUUGGUCCGGGGAAGAAGCUGGGCAGUCUGAUCAUAUUUACCAUGUGCCUGCUGAUCAUCUCAUCCAGCAUCUCCAUGCAGCUGUUCUGCUUCCUCUGCGAGUUCACAAAGUUUGAGAGCUUUCCGGAGGCAUUCAUGUCCAUGUUCCAAAUCCUGACGCAGGAGGCGUGGGUUGAAGUGAUGGACGAGACCAUGCUGCGUACCCGAGAGACGCUAGCUCCUCUGGUGGCAGUGUACUUUAUUCUGUACCAUCUGUUUGUUACACUGAUUGUCCUGAGCUUGUUUGUGGCUGUCAUUCUUGAUAACUUGGAACUGGACGAGGACAUCAAGAAACUGAAACAGCUCAAGUUCCGUGAACAGAGUGCAGAAAUCAAAGAAACGUUGCCUUUUCGUUUGCGCAUCUUUGAGAAGUUUCCUGAUAGCCCUCAGAUGACUUGUCUCCAUAAAGUGCCAUCUGAUUUCAACUUGCCAAAGGUUCGAGAAAGCUUCAUGCGUCAGUUUGUGUACGAAGUGGAGGAAGAUGAAACUGAAGGUGUGAAGAAAGUGAACGAGGUGUUUGAUUCCAAGAUUGUGUAUCGGAAGCAGAAACCAGUCAAGAUAUUGACAGAUCCACCGAAAGUACGAAACAUCAGCACAAAUUUGCGGAAAGCUGCUAUUCAGUACAUAAUCAAUGAUUCUAAUAAUCAGCGCCUGAUGCUCGGAGAUUCUGCGAUGAUACCAGUACCGGGAAAAGGCCCAUUGAAACCGCAGGGUACCGUCAGUAGUGCCAAACAACUGCGCAUUGAUCAGAAGAAGUCCAUUAGGCGCAGUGUGCGGAGUGGUUCCAUCAAAUUGAAGCAAACAUAUGAACAUCUGAUGGAGAAUGGAGACAUUGGUGCCAUGAACAGAGUCAGUUCGUCCCGAAGCAGGCCCCAGGAUCUUGAUAUCAAACUGCUGCAAGCGAAAAGACAGCAAGCAGAGAUGCGUAGGAACCAGAGGGAAGAGGACUUGAGAGAGAACCACCCUUUCUUUGACACCCCUCUGUUUGCUGUGCCACGGGAAAGCAAGUUCCGCAAAGUUUGUCAGCUGAUUGUGUAUGCCCGGUAUGAUGCCAGACUUAAGGAUCCACUCACAGGCAAGGAACGGAAAGUGCAGUACAAACGAUUGCACAAUUUCCUUGGUCUCGUAACAUACUUGGACUGGGUCAUGAUCUGUGUGACAACCCUGUCUUGCAUCUCGAUGAUGUUCGAGACGCCGAGCUACCGAGUGAUGGAGACACCAGCCCUGCAAAUAGCCGAGUAUGGUUUUGUCAUCUUCAUGAGUCUCGAACUGGCACUGAAGAUCCUUGCAGAUGGCCUAUUCUUCACGCCUAAGGCCUACAUCAAAGACGUAGCAUCAGUUUUGGAUGUUUUUAUUUAUGUUGUUAGCCUUGUGUUUCUGUGCUGGAUGCCAAGGACUGUUCCACCAAAUUCUGGUGCUCAGUUGCUGAUGAUCUUGCGCUGUGUGAGACCUCUGAGGAUCUUCACACUUGUGCCUCACAUGAGGAAGGUGGUAUACGAGCUGUGUCGCGGGUUCAAAGAGAUUCUGUUGGUCUCCAUACUCUUGAUAGUUCUAAUGUUUGUGUUUGCGAGUUACGGUGUGCAACUGUUUGGUGGUCGGUUAGCAAGGUGUAAUGACCCUACAAUCUCGAGACGUGAAGACUGUGUAGGUGUCUUCAUGAGACGAGUGUUUGUGACCAAAAUGAAACUUCAGCCAGGCGCCAAUGAAUCUUAUCCUUCCAUGUUGGUGCCUCGUGUCUGGGCAAACCCUCGUCGAUUCAACUUUGAUAAUAUAGGUGAUGCAAUGUUGGCAUUAUUUGAGGUGCUGUCCUUUAAGGGAUGGCUAGAUGUUCGAGAUGUUCUCAUAAAAGUUUUAGGACCAGUCCAUGCUAUUUACAUACAUAUCUACAUAUUUCUUGGCUGUAUGAUUGGUCUUACCUUGUUCGUUGGAGUUGUGAUUGCUAACUACUCAGAAAACAAAGGAACUGCACUUCUCACCGUGGAUCAGAGACGAUGGUGUGAUUUGAAGAAACGUCUGAAAAUUGCCCAGCCUCUGCACUUGCCACCAAGACCAGAUGGGAAGAAAUUCCGUGCCUUUAUAUAUGAUAUUACACAGAACAUUUACUUCAAACGGUUUAUUGCUGGCAUGGUUCUCAUUAACAGCAGUUUGCUGUGUGUGUCUUGGCGAGAAGAGGAAUCACAUACAGACCCGCUGGCAACCUUCAGCACCGUUCUGACACUGGUAUUUGUGGUUGAAGUUGUGAUGAAAAACAUCGCCUUCACUCCACGCGGAUAUUGGCAGUCAAGGCGGAACCGUUACGAUCUCUUGGUCACUGUCCUGGGCGUGGUGUGGAUUUUCAUCAAUGCCACUCUCAGAAAUGAUCUGUCAUAUUCGGUCGGAUUCAUGGUGGUGAUCUUGCGCUUUUUCACAAUCACGGGGAAGCAUGCCACGCUCAAGAUGCUGAUGCUGACUGUCGGUGUCUCAGUUUGCAAGAGUUUCUUUAUCAUCUUUGGCAUGUUUCUGCUUGUGUUCUUCUAUGCCCUCGCUGGGACAAUCCUGUUCGGUACUGUCAAGUAUGGCGAGGGAAUAGGAAGGCGAGCAAACUUUGAGUCCCCUGUGACUGGGGUUGCCAUGCUAUUCCGAAUUGUGACAGGGGAAGACUGGAACAAGAUUAUGCAUGACUGCAUGGUUCAGCCUCCGUACUGCACCCCAGCAAAUAAUUAUUGGGAGACAGACUGUGGGAACUUCACUGCUUCACUCGUAUACUUCUGCUCAUUUUAUGUUAUCAUUACUUACAUCGUGCUGAAUCUCCUGGUUGCCAUCAUCAUGGAGAAUUUUUCCUUGUUCUACUCCAAUGAAGAAGAUGCUUUGCUUUCUUAUGCCGAUAUCCGAAACUUUCAAAAUACGUGGAAUGUUGUGGAUAGCCAUCAGCGUGGAGUUAUUCCUGUUCGAAGAGUGAAGUUCAUCCUGCGACUGCUGAAGGGAAGACUUGCAGUGGAUCCUCAGAAGGACCGGCUUCUCUUCAAGCACAUGUGCUACGAACUGGAACGUUUACACAACGGUGAAGAUGUUACUUUCCAUGAUGUCCUGAACAUGCUGUCAUAUCGAUCCGUGGACAUACGGAAAGCUCUUCAGUUGGAGGAGCUGUUAGCUCGAGAAGAAUUUGAGUAUAUCAUUGAGGAAGAGGUUGCAAAGCAGACAAUAAGAACAUGGCUUGAAGGCUGUUUGAAGAAGAUACGGGCAACCAGUAAGCAGCAGAACAGUCUCAUUGCUGGACUGAGGGCAACCAACGAACAGCUGACAACAACCGUGCAAGAUCAUCAUCCAGAGGACAAACUGAAAGACAACAGCCUAGACAGAGACAGUGAAGGGGAGCCAAAGGAUGUUGAAGGUGCUCGACUGCGUGCAAAUAAAAAAGGUGUCGUGAUUCCUCGUUCUGACAGUGUUGGUAGCGGGUCUGGGAGGAAGUACCUAGCUCCUACGUUAUCUGAUCCAGCCGUUCGAACAGAGAAGGAACGCUCUGGUGCUAAGAAGAGGAACAAUAGGCCACAAGCUGGUAGCAAGAAUAACUUGCCCCAUUUAACAGAAGGGCCUGAACCGAGUCGUCUGAUGCGAGACAUCUCUGCCAACAAGACAGCAAUGCCCAAAGUUUCCAAUGUUCUCAUGGAGGUCAGAGACUGGUGGCAUGAACAGCUUGGGUACAACACGCAGUCCAGUGAUGAAGAUAAUUUCUGAAAGUCAGACAUGCUUUCAUUUUAACUCUAAAAGCAACUGUUUAAAUCCCUCUAAUGCAAGACAGACGGAGCUUUGUCUUGAAGAAAUACAACUCAAAAUUCUCUACACUGUAGCCAAAGAAGGGAAUAGUAGAGAUGAAGUUUGUGCAGAAUUUUGAAAGACAAGAAAGAGGGAAUAAAUUCAUGUUGUGGUCUAGCGGGGUAUGACACCAUGUAUUCUGGUAGGUUUCAGAGGUACCUCCUGCCUCCAUCUUCAGUGUGUGUGUGUGUGUGACACAGUGUCAUAAUUCAGAAGGCCACAAUGUAAAUCAUCACUGCCGUGAAAACCUCAGAAUCUUAGAGAAGUGAAGGAAGGAAUAGAAAUGAAAGGCUGAAAAGAAUGUGCGCAGGCAGAGGAGGUGGAGGAGGAGGAGUGCUGUGGGAUGGUAGAGAAGAGUGGAGAAGGCUUUCUCAUAGGACUGCCAGCCAGUGACUGCCAAACAGAAGUUUAUUGCUUCCUCAGUUGGUCAACUUGUCAACUUAUGAAGGUGCCACCACAUUAUGGCUGAGCAGUAAGUGUUGCAGGAUACAACACUGUGCAGUCUGGUGACAGUAAACCAAUGUUUCAGAGAAACAUAACUCCAUUUUCAGUGCCAAAGAUUAAGACAAGAAACCAGCAUGAAACAUGGACUGAAUUUCACUGGGCUAUAUUUGAAAAGACCUCGUCAUGAUUCUAAGUGUUUAUAACAAUGCUUUUGUGCUGCUGAUUUUCCUCAAAGAACUAGGGCAGAAAACUGUGCACCGUUUCUCUACAACCGGAGAUAAAGCCAAGUACAUUUUGAUGUUUCAUUUCUAGAAUGGCGUAUGAAGCCAUAAAUAACAUAGAGGCAUAACAGACUGUAGGAUUUGAGGUUCUGACAGUGGUGGUUAUGAGGAGCUGUAACUUCUGGCAUGUGUGACAGUGUUUCCUAGUCGUAGUCAACCAACGUUUCAAAGGAACAUACUGCGUCUGUCUUCAGGGCUGGGAAGCCAAGCAAGAAACUAGCAUGAAGCAGGCAGCAAGCUAGACUUCCACUGGACUACAGUCAUGUUAUAUCCCAGAAGCUAGAACACAAAGACCUUGUUCUUGAGAUUCUUUGACAUUUAUUACUAAUUUGCACAAGACUUCAGUGCAGUAUCUCUUGAAUAGACGUCUGGCCAGUUGCUGUUCUCUCAGUAGAAAGGUUUUCUUUCAAAUGGACUAACAUUUAUUAUGCACAGUGACACAAGAUUGCAUUUAACUUGUUUCACAAAGAGCGAGGCUAUGGGGAAAAUGGUAAUGUAAAACUGCAUUAAUUUGAAAUGUGUUAUAAAUUAAAAAUGUGAAUUCUGAAUUAAAUAAAUUCACAUUGUGUAAUUGUCUUUGCAGACUUAACCUGCUGAACAUUGUGCUCAUAAUAAAAGAAUCAGAAAUCGUGA